CAAAAGAGUAUCAGGUCAUGCCAGAUGCAACGUUUUUGCGUAAACAACUAAAAAUCUUUAUGGGCCUUCGUAAGACAACGAUUCGAGAAAGUUAUUUGGCGCCCCACCCUCAUAUUGGCAUAUUGGUCGUCUCUUUUUCGUAUAAAAUCGUGGAGGAAUGACUUGGAAAGUAUCAGUUUUCUAGCUGUUUCAAACAAGUCAACUACUGCUCCCAACAUGAAGUUCUUCAUCCUCGUUGCCCUUUUCGCCUUCGCUGCUGCCGAUUCCUACAAGGCGUACGAACCUGCUGAGUACAAAGCACCAAAAAAAGAGGCUCCUAAAUACGAAACCCCCAAGUACGAGACUCCCAAGUACGAGACUCCCAAGUACGAGACUCCCAAGUACGAGACUCCCAAGUACGAGACUCCCAAGUACGAGACUCCCAAGUACGAGACUCCCAAGUACGAAACUCCCAAGUACGAGGCCCCUAAAUACGAGGCUCCUAAAUACGAGACUCCUAAAUACGUAGCCCCAAAGUACGAGACUCCUAAAUACGUAGCCCCAAAGUACGAGACUCCUAAAUACGAGGCUCCCAAGUACGAGACCCCCAAAUACGUAGCCCCAAAGUACGAGACUCCUAAAUACGAGGCUCCCAAGUACGAGACUCCCAAGUACGAAGAAGUGACAUACGCCCCCCAACCCUACAGCUUCGGAUACGAUGUCCAGGAUAAAGAAUCUUACAAUGACUUCGAGCACAACGAGAAGUCUGACUACAACGUAGUCACUGGAUCCUACCGUGUUGUUCUCCCCGACAGCCGCAUUCAGAUCGUCACCUACAAAGCUGACGCAAACGGAUACACAGCUGAUGUGAAAUACGAAGGCGAAGCCAAUUUCCCCGAGAACGCUGAGCCCCAAUAUAAAGCUGAUGCUUCCUACUCCCCUCCAUCCUACAAGGCUCCCCAAUACCCAAAACCGGCCUACGUCGCCCCCGCUUACGCCGCUCCAGCCUACACUACUCUAGCCUACACUACUCCAGCCUACACUACUCCAGCCUACACUACUCCAGCCUACACUACUCCAGCCUACACUACUCCAGCCUACACUACUCCAGCCUACAAAGCCCCUGCUGCCAACCCGAAAUAUUAAUUUCCGUCAAUUUUCGUUUUCUUCUUUUUGAGUUAUCUUAAUUAAAAUCUUAUUAUUUAAUAAAGUUUUUAAAAGGUCUUA